AUAUAUAUAUUUAUAUAUUGCACAAUUUCCCGGUUUGCUUUGAAAUCCUCCAGACUACACAGACCGAUCAUUUGGAAGUGGAUUCUUGUCUCUGGAGGGGACAGUCUGGAUGCCAUGGACCCACGGCUGCCUUCAGACGCGGAGAUGAUGGAGAGAGAAGCGGACAAGGAUGCGAGGAGGAAGAUCCAGUUCUCUGUGCCUUCCUCCGUGCCCGUGCAGCUGGAUCCGCGCCAGGUGGAGAUGAUUCGACGUCGAAGGCCGACACCUGCUACGCUUUUCAGGCUGACGGACCCACCGUCCCCAGAGGACGACAAUGGUCAGCAUCAGUGGGUUCUGGGAGAAAAUAGACCCUUGAAAGCCAAACUGGUUCAUAUGUCAACUUACCAGCCGCCAUCCCUUAAAGCUGUUCAGAAGAUGGCCAAGGCACACUUCUCCUCCCUAGACAUGAAGUCAGUAGACAGAGAUGAGCCCUCAUCUGGUGAGGAAGAGGAACAACAUGAUGAGGAGACGCUGCCAAAGGCUUCAGCUACAAAUGCAAGAGAAGAAAGCAAACCACUCAGGGAUCCACGUGAUAAUCUGGAUGGUACAAGAGUGAGGGCUGCUGAGCCCAGUCAUCACCAAGAUAACAAGGAUAAGACCACAGAAAAUGAGAAAACACAGGGAGAAUGACAAAAGAAGAAGGCUCUAACAGAGACGUAGAGUUAAUGAGGAAUAUACAUGCAAGGCACGCGCAUGGGCUGUGGGUGUGCUUGCACAUAUGUAUGCAAGAGCAUAUGUUUUUUUUUAGAUGUAUAAGUGUAUGUAUGGGUGCCACAAAAAAAAGAUAGAACUGGAAAAAAGAGACGUUCAUCAAAGAACAAUAGAAAUGAGGAAAUUGGAGGAUAAAGUUUAAACAAAGACAUGUUAAAUACUGCAUGUCUUAGUGAAUGGGGGAACCAGAGGUCACUUCUGGAUCAGCCAAUGCCACUGAACAAUAAAAUGUAAGAACUUCUGAGAACCACACAAUUUGAAAUUAAAUCUUUGUGUUUCUGUUGUUUUAGUUUUUUCGGUCACAGUGGAUUCAGCACUUAUCCAACACAUAUAUUCAUACGUGAAGAAUCUAAUUUUCAAUUGAUUUAAGUCACAUUGUGCAUUUAAUAAGUCACUCCUAGAAAACACUUUGGAAUAAGCAUUUCAUAAUAUGCAUAUUGUAAAACAUAUAUUUAUAAUGUCUGUAGUAUUUUAUCUGUCCUGUAGUAUCACAGUGAGACCACUGUUACGCCCUAUGUCUGAUAUACAGUAUAUAGAAGGAGAUUAUCAUUUUACAUUCAGUUUCUUGGUCAGAGAUUGUGAACGAGAGGGUGUCGUGAAUGUAAUGGCCUUAGUUAUACAUUAUUCACACUAUAUUAUCAUUGUUAUCCAUUUAGUUCUGUGCGAAGUUACUUAAACAUUUUCAGGUGUUUUGUACGUUUGUAGUUGAUAAAACAAGAAGAAGAUGAAUUUCAUUCUGAUUUAGGUUCAGUCACUGCCAAAGCAAAUCAAGGUUAUAGUUUAACUGACUGAAUCCAGCUAAUCAUGAUAAUGUAACCUUGUUAUUCUGGUCUAAUACUAUGAACCGUUUGUUGUUUUUCUUUAGCCAGGAUGGUGUGCUUGGGACUGUAGACAUUACAAGGAAAAUCAAAAAAUACCUUAAAUGUACAAAACCAACGUGAUGAUGAUGACGGUGCAUUCAUGAGCCCACACAUGAAUGAUGUGCUCAUUCUAAAUAAAAACAAACUGACCAGCUGC